GGUAAGAAUUCAACACUACCCAGGGUUCGGAACAGUGGGUGUCUUCGCGAAGAUUUUUUAUUCCUCCAGCAGCCGGACAAAAAACAGUUGGGCAAUCGAGGAACUGUAUGGCAACAGUGCUAAUUAGAGAAUUAGUUUGCAUCAGUUGUUUGAUGUUUAUAAACUCUGUCCUGUAGCUACCCAUAAUCAGACUAUCUUUAGUAAUAUAAUGUUAUAUUAAAUGUCCUACAGGUAAAGAGGUAGUUUGUAAUUAUCCUCAAUCCAGACAGAAAUAAGAAAUUAGGCGAUUAAAAAGAAAAUGUCCGAGGAACUUGGCAAAUACAUAAUUGCUCUUGAUAUUGGAACUACCACAUUGCGUUGUCAGAUUAUUGAUAAAAAUGAACAAUGCAUCGGAUCAAAUUUUACCAAAACGCCGCUCAUUUAUCCUGAUCAGUGUGCGGUGGAAAUAGAGCCCGAUGAACUGUUGGUCUCAAUUACUCAAUGUAUAAAAGAAGCUAUUAAAGACGCCAAUGUUAGCAAGCACCAAUUGGAAUCAUUAGCCAUUUCUACUCAUAGAGGAACUUUCAUUACAUGGAGCAAAUCAACUGGAGAGUAUUUUCACAACUUUAUUACUUGGAAGGAUAUCAGAGCAGAAGCACAAGCCAAGGAACUGAACAAUUCAUGGAAAAUGAUGAUUUUACGAGCUGGAUGUUAUCUGUUGUAUCUUAUGAGCAACAUUGCAAAAUUUGGAAUUGCCAGUAAUUUCAAGUUCACCAGUGGCCAUGUGAUACCUCGGUUGAUGUGGCUCGCACGCACCAAUAAAAAACUGCAACAGGCUCUAAAGGAAAACAACGUGAUAUUUGCCACUUUAGAUACAUGGCUCGUAUAUAAACUUACCGGAACUGAUAAAUAUGUAACUGAUAUGUCCAAUGCGAGUGCCACUGGAAUGUAUGAUCCUUUCAGCCACUGCUGGAGCUUUCUUCUCAACUAUUUCAAUUCGCCGAAUAUACAUUUGCCGUCUGUCCUAUCUAAUGACGACGAGUUCGGCAUGACUGUAGACACAUUUUUCGGCGUAUCCAUUAAAAUCGAUGCAGUGAUGUCGGAUCAGUCAGCAGCCAUGUACGGUUUGCGGAGCUUCAAUGAGGGUGACUUGAAAUUGACCCUGGGAACUGGAGGAUUUUUGAAUCUGAAUCUUGGCAAGCAGAUCAGAAUGACUGCCCCUGAAGUAUAUCCUUUGGUCGGUUGGGAUCAACUGAGCAAUCAACAAUGUCCUAAACACGCCAUUUAUCUUGCGGAAAUUGGUUGCUCGGAGGUGGGUUCUUUGAUCGAAUCUAUGUUGACGAGAGGGAUAAUUUCAAGCUUGAGCGAACUGGACGUUAUAUCUCCCGAUGGAAGGAAUGGUUUAGAAUGUUCCUUGGUGUCGCCUACAGUUGGAGUUGAAACUUUCCAGAACAACAGCAAUUCAAACUGUACAAAAGAGGACAUUAUCAGAUCUGUGUUGGAAUCCAUAGUGUUUCGACUUUUCCAUGUCUACCAGCUAACUAAUGGUAGUUUCCUUUUAAACAGGGCGCCCCUCCAAUGUUUAAGGCUUAAUGGUGGGGUUGCGAAAAACGACUUUAUCUGCCAAUCUCUGGCUGAUUUGCUCGGAUUUACAAUAAGACGAAUCAAGGGAGAAAUGUCCACUUUGGGAGUAGCUUAUAUGGCUGGAAUUAAAUGUGGUUUUUGGAGCUCCUAUGAAGAAAUAUGCAAACAGCCCCGUUGUGAAGAUGUUUUUACGCCGACGAAAGAUGAUGACAAAUUUCGCAUCUUAAAAGCUAAGUUUGAAGUUUGGAAAAGCCAUAUGGGAGACAAAGAUUAACUAAUUACUCUUUACCACAGGUAUAAGAAUAUUCAUAAAGUUUUUAUUAUUUAAAUAAAAAAACAAUUAGCUUCAAAGUUACC